UCUUAUGGCAUGUAAGCUAGAAAAUCGAUCCGCAUCGAGCAUUCAUAAAACAGCGAAGACCUUUUGGUUUUAUAAGGGCAUUGGUUUUGGCUCCGAAUAAAUAAAAGACGUUAGGAGGCCAACCUACGCACACAUACAUCACCGCCAUUUCCAAUGCCUACUACUUCGUUAAUUCCAAAGCCCACUAUUCUUCUUCUUCUUCUUCCUUUCCUUCUUCAUCUCAUAACUCGCGCAUUCUCUUCGCGUUUCUUCUUCGAUCUCGCUCUCUGAAUAUCGGAAUGGCUCCUCCUCCUCUUAAUCUCAAUAAGCCUUCUUCUUCUUCUGCUGCUGCUUCUUCUUCUUCUCAAACCCUCACCGCCACCUCUGCUCAAGAUGCCAGGCUUCUCGUCCGGGAAACUCUCAGGAUUAGCGCCGGUCUCGCUUCGGCUCCUUCCGAUUCCGCCCUUCCUUCUCUGUCUUUGGUUUCUGCUGGUCCUGAGCGCAGGAAGCUUCGAUUGAUUGAGGAUGAGUUCGUCGAUUCGAGUUUGAGGCUGAUUUGUUGCGAGGAAAUUGAUGGCCGGAGGUGGAAGUACGUCGCCGAGAACGAUGCCUCUACUGGAAAAUUCAAGAAGAAUUCCUUUCGAGCUCUCUGCUUGCAGACUCCGCAAGCUCCUGUUGAUGGAUUGAUGUCGUUUAUUAGAUCGUAUGUUGUACCUGAAGGUUUUCCCGAUAGUGUGACCCCAUCCUAUGUCCCUUACAUGACAUGGAGAGCAUUGAAGCAUUUCUUUGGUGGAGCAAUGGGUGUUUUUACUACUCAAACGCUUUUGAAUUCAGUUGGAAUCUCUAGAAACAGGGCUGCGCAAGGAGCUGUUGCCAUCAACUGGAUUCUCAAGGAUGGUGCUGGUCGUGUUGGAAAAAUGCUUUUUGCUCGACAAGGAAAGAAGUUUGAUUAUGAUCUAAAACAGUUGCGAUUUACAGGUGAUCUUCUUAUGGAGUUGGGUGCUGGGGUGGAGUUGGCAACUGCUGCUGUGCCACACCUUUUCCUUCCUUUGGCUUGUGCAGCUAAUGUGGCAAAGAAUGUUGCUGCUGUUACAUCAACAUCAACACGUACACCAAUUUACAAGGCCUUUGCAAAGGGAGAAAACAUUGGAGAUGUGACAGCAAAAGGAGAAUGUGUAAGCAAUGUUGCAGAUCUGCUGGGAACUGGGAUGAGCAUACUACUCUCGAAAAGAAAUCCAUCCUUGGUUGCUACAUUUGCGCUCCUUUCAUGUGGAUAUGUUUUCAGCUCUUACCAAGAGGUUAAAUCUGUAGUGUUGCACACUUUAAACCGGGCAAGAUUCAAUGUGGCAGUAGAAUCCUUUCUUAAGACAGGACGUGUACCCUCGUUGCAGGAGGGGAACAUGAAUGAAAACAUACUUACUUUUCCAUGGUUGAAAGAGAGGCCUAUUGUUCUUGGACCACGAUUUAAAGAUGCGUUCCAGGACCCAGGUGCUUAUCUUGCUGUAGAACCUUUCUUUGAGAGAGAGAGAUAUAUUAUUUCAUACAAUCCUUCAAAGGGUAAAGUAUAUGCAUUGCUCAAGGAUCAAGCAAAGUCAGAUGACAUUCUGAAAGCAGCAUUUCAUGCUCAUGUGCUUUUGCAUUUUAUAAAUUCUUCAUCUAAGGGUAAGUCUGCAUCCCAGAAGCAUGGAAAUGAUGGUUAUCUAAACUCUGUGCCCACAGAAAAUGAGCUAGAUUCUCAUGUUGCCGAGUCGUGUCAGAUGGUCUCAACCUCAUAUGGCCUUUUCAAGCAUAAAGCUGCAGAGCAGGGAUGGGUGAUGUCGGAAUCACUACUUAAUCCUGGUCGUGCUCGUUUGUUCAAGUGAUUAAUUGGGAAAAAUAUGCUCAGACUCUUCCAUCUUCUUGGGAAAGUUUGGCUUUGAAUGGCCCCGAGUGCGAAAAGCAUUAGUUCUCUUGACAGUUCUACAUGUGAAACCUUGAAAGAGAAGGCUCUCAUCAUAUCGAUGGAGGCCAUGGGAACCAUGCCUCUCAUUGAGCUAUUCAUCUAUGAGUUUAGCAUCCAAAUGCUUGUCAUGUUGCUAUGUCCCUUGCGACAAAAAUGAAGAUGAAAUGGUACAAUUUGGAGUUAGAAGAAACGAUUUGAUGGUAGAUAGUGUAAAGUGCAUAUAGAUUGAAACCAUUUUUCCUUUAUUUUUCUCCUAGAGUUUCCCCUUUCUGUUAGGGGGUUUUGGGCUGUUAUAUGUAUAUUUUUUUUUCAUUUUUCACAUUUAUAUUUUUUUUUGGGUGCAUGCCUUGCAGUUACAGUUAAAUGUAGAAUACCAUGAAAUCUUUCUUCAAAUCAAUGAAUCUUCCAUUUUCUUCUGCA